AUGAAAGACUCUCUUAGGGUUGCUUGGGUUCAUAGAUAUCUCAUUAAGUCCAAAUGUUUUUGGUCUGUCAAAGCUACCGCACUUAGUUCUGGUUUUUGGAGAAGGCUACUCAAGUUGAGGGGAAUGGCAAGGGGUCUGCUAAGGCAUAAAGUUGGCUUAGGGGUUUGCACAAGCUUAUGGUUGGACUACUGGCUCCCAAAUGGUCCUAUUUCUUCUCAAAUUGGUCUUACUGUGUUGGAAAUUCUUCAAAUGGACUAUCAAGUCAAAGUUGAUAGCCUAAUUUCCAAUUUUCAGUGGACAAUUCCUUCAUCUCUGCAGCAGAACUACUUCUUUCAGUCUAAACAUUUCCUAUCACAGCUUCAUAGCCUUCCAGAUCCGACACCAACUCAAGAUGUAAUUCAGUGGUUACCAAGUGCACCAAGGGAUUACUCUCACAGACUUACCAGGGAUUACUUCACACCCCCAUCACUGUUAUUUUCAUGCUCUCAUCUCAUCUGGUUCAAGCAUCACAUUCCAAAGCAUGGCCGCAUUGCUUGGUUAGCUCUCAGACACAGACUGUAUACAUUAGACUCUAAACCAAUGAGACACAAGCACAAAACCAAUGCCUGCUACCUCUGUCUUGCUGGAUGGGAGUCUUUGGAUCAUCUAUUCUUUCAGUGUAAAUUCAGUAGAGUUAUUUUGGAGUUCAUGCAACAUGCUGCUGGCUUCUACAUCCUACCAAACAACUGGACUGAACUCAUGCAUUGCGUGGUGUGCUAA